AUGCAGCCCAUCAAGAGUCAAAACGGUCACAAGGCAUCCAUGGCUUCCGAGGCCAGCAGCGACCGAUCAAGCGAGAACGGAGGAACGAACGGAGCGAGCCGCCCCCAAACUCACGCGAGCAAUCGCACGAGCAUCGCAGCGGCCUGGACACUCCAGCGGUGGAGGAUAAAUCGAGACCGUUUUCAGAGCAUUGACGAAGUGCUCCAGAGCGCGGACGACAUGGACCCCGCUGACUUGCGCUCCUAUCUCAACGAACUUUUCGAGACCAUAUUUGGGAGCCGAGAGACUGGCGACAUCCAGCUCAACGGCAACGUCAGCGGUAGCAACGAUUCCGGUACCACGUUGUCUCCUACCACACCCAGUGUCACUGGUGGCCCCGACUCGGAGGAUAGGCGCUUUUCUUCCCUCAAGGCUUCCGCCAAGCGGAGGAGAAGCAGCAGCAGCAGCAGCAGCAGCAGUACCGAUCGUCGAGAAAGGCUCUUCCAGCUUACCAGCGUACUUGGCGUGCCAGAUGCAUUCGGGGGGGAGGAUGUCGACGGUCUCCGGGCGGAUCAAUGCCGGUGGGAUCUCCUGGCCCGGCCACAGAACAAGCCCGAUGUCCCCACGGUCGCGGUAACGGACCCUGAGGGCAAGACGAAGUACCCGCACGACCAUACGUACUACCCGGACGCCGACGGCGGUGCUGAGGAUUCGGAUGUGUGGGACUGA